ACGGAGACGAAGACAAAGACAAAGACAAAGACGAGGUCAAAGUGCAGUCCCUGCCGACCGCUGACAUCUGCACUGCACCAGGACUUCUGGGGAGAACCUGUCUGAAUCACUGAGCGAUGGGAAGCAGCCUCUCCGGCAGAUACCGUACGGUGACGGAGUGCAAGCGCACAACCGUCUUCCAGCAGUUCACCUACCGCAUCCCGUCACUCCUCCGCCUGCCGGAAGGGGGCGACCUGCUGGCCUUCGCCGAGAAGAGGGCCACCGCGAGCGACACGGACGCCCUGUGGCUGGUGAUGAGACGGGGACAAGUGUCCCACGACUCCGUCCAGUGGUCACCAAUGGAGGAGUUGCAGGACGCCACCCUGAUGGGCCACCGCGCCAUGAACCCCUGCCCUGUGUACGAGAAGGACUCCAGAACUCUCUUCCUUUUCUUCAUCUGUGUUCCGAAAGGGGUAACUGAGGGGGAGCAGCUCCAAAAACGUAAAAACGCGGCCAAGCUCUGCUACAUUAAGAGUGCUGAUGGCGGCCGAAGUUGGAGCAGCGUCACGGACUUGACAGACAGUGUGAUUGGAGAAAAGGUCAAAGCCUGGGCCACGUUUGCCAUCGGACCGGGACACGGCAUCCAGACAGCGAGCGGGAAGCUGAUCAUUCCUGCCUAUGCCUACCACAUCAGCUCUUCUGUUCAGCCUCACGCCUUCUACUUUUACAGCACUGACAAGGGCAAUUCGUGGCACAUUAGCAACAGUGUUGGCAUGUGGUCGUGUGAGUGCGUGAUGGCCGAGGUGGUGGACCAGGAGAAAAAGGGACAUGUUUACUGCAACGCCCGAAACAAGUCUGGCCACAGGGUGGAGGCUCUGGGCCACAGCCACGACACUGGAUUUAGUAAGUCUGCUUUAGCUCUGAAACUGGUGGAGCAGAACCACGGUUGCCAAGGUAGUGUCAUUGGGUUUCCUGCACCCAAGUCCUACCUGGAGAAGCACAGCAACGCGGACUCACUCACAUGGCUGCUGUUCUCUCACCCCACUGCUGAGGGGAGCAGGAGGAACCUGGGCGUGUACCUGAACAAGAAGCCACUGCAGGGGUCCAACUGGAAGAAGCCUUGGAUCAUCAACCGUGGCCCCAGCGGCUACUCGGACCUGGUGUACUGCGAGGACAAGGAGCUGUUCGUCUGCUUGAUGGAGUGCGGUGAGAAGAGCGAAGUCGAGCAGAUCGCCUCCAUGUGUUUCUCCCUCAAUGACGUCUUGGAGGCGACUGGGAAGAGAACUGGGACUUUUAAAUAACUGUUUAAUAAACAGUGAUAAAAACAUUUCACUUCCAAAAUAAUUAUUCAUACACCAAUCAGUCAAAACACUGAAACCAGCUGCCCAAUAUUAUGCAGGUCCCCCUCGUACCG